AUGGCGAGGCCGACUCUCACAUCUUCAACGCCAAGCCAUUACCGAGCCUGUUUUGCCUCCAACUGGCGCAAAAGGUGCUACUCUGCCAGAGUUGCUGAUGGGAGGUCGCAGCCGUCUAUAAAAACCAUAGCCGACCUCAAGAGAUGGUUGCCCGAAACCAAUGUUCCAAACGUCCGAGUAUGUGGGUGGAUUCGAUCUGUACGCAAGAGCUCCGAGGUUCGCUUUGUGGACAUUGCAGACGGAACAAACAUGCGUCCUAUACAGGCUGUCGUCGGCAAGGCUCUCGCGGCAGAUAUGCGACCCGGCGCUGCCGUUCGUUUGACGGGAACGUGGUGCAACACAGGCGACAGGAAAUUGUCCAGCACAAAGACAUUUCUUGCCUCAGAAGACCUCUCCCGCCAGAACCAGGCCACACCUGAGCUUGCUGGUGUGGGACAAGACGUUGACGCCUCUCAAACGACGCAUGAGCUGCAGGUUGACGAGGUUGAAAUUCUUGGGGCCUCUGACCCUCAAACAUAUCCAAUCCAGAACAAAUAUCAGACGCCAGAGAGCUUGCGGCACAUUUCGCACUUGCGUUGCCGAACACCGCUCAAUUCAACCCUGUUGCGCCUACGAUCCGAGGCUGCUUCUGUGCUUGGCAACUUCUUCUCGGGGGAAAAAUUUCAGCAGACGCAUCCCCCAAUCAUCACGUCCUCUGAUUGCGAAGGGGCAGGAGAAGCCUUCACGGUCAAGGUCGGCUCCGGCGCCGAAUUCUUCAGACACGCUAAAUACCUCACUGUCUCGACGCAGCUUCAUCUCGAAGCAUUAGCCCAGUCGCUUGGAAAUGUCUGGACCCUCUCCCCCACCUUUAGAGCUGAGAAAAGCGACACGUCUCGGCACCUGAGUGAGUUCUACAUGCUUGAAGCCGAAAUGAGCUUUGUAAAGGACAUGGAUGAGGUCAUGGAUCUCAUUCAAAAGAUGCUCAUGAAGCUGGUGCGAGGCCUGAAAGAGCUCCACGCAGCCAACGAGCUUGAGCGAAACAGAGCCGACUCUCGGGAUCCGGCUGAAAAACUGGCCUUUGCUGACCUGGUCGCAGCAGACGAACUGCAGAGGCGAUGGCGUGGUCUUGCUUCCGCCAGGAGAUGGCCGAGAAUAAGCUACACCGAGGCCAUUGAGCGUCUUCAGCUGGUGUCUGAACAGUUUGAGCACAAACCUCUGUGGGGAUCCAGCCUUCAGUCGGAGCACGAGAAAUACCUGGCCAGGGAGGUGGGCUACGACGCGGCUGCUGAUGCCCACGUUCCGGUAUUCGUCACGCAGUAUCCUCGCGAGAUCAAAGCCUUUUACAUGCUGCGCUCCGCAACUUGCCCGCCACAGGGAGAGACUGUCGAUUGCUUUGACCUUUUGGUCCCGGACCUUGGAGAGCUCGCCGGAGGUUCCAUGCGCGAGAAUCGCUUGCCCGAGCUGGAGAAGAAUAUGCGGUUACACGGAUUAGAGGUGCCUCGCAACAAGCAAGACAGAAGCAGCGGCAUGGGCUGGUAUCUAGAUCUGAGGCGAUGGGGAUGUCCACCGCACGGAGGCUUUGGCAUGGGCUUCGAUCGUCUCCUAAGCUACUUGACGGGGGUUGCCAAUAUCCGCGAUGUGGUGGCAUUUCCGCGUCACUAUCAGCGUUGCGACUGCUAA